AUGAGCAGAACAAAGGAAGACAGAAAAAGCGUGGACUUGGAAAAGUGUCUUGUCGCUGGCCACCUCAAUCUUUCACUCCUGAAGCUCGACAAUUUUAAUGUGAGCGCGAAGUUUGUAAUACAAAAUGAAGUCACAUCGAUAGACUUUUCAAGUAAUGCUCUGGACACGUUGCCAGACAUCUCAGAGUACGUACUUAUGCGUUCACUUAACUUGUCGUUUAACAACCUCUCGGCACUUCCGAGCCUUCCACAAAGUUUGAAGGAACUGAACAUUUCACACAACGCUUUCUUUCAAUGUCCUGUGAUGAACACCGUGCUGACAUUAAUUGCUGCACACAACAAAAUUUCCGAUUUGGUGUUUAUGAAAAACGUUAAAAAACUCGAUGUGACAGAAAACAUUUUCUCGAAGAUCCCUGUCUUUGACAGUCUUACCGAAAUUGCAAUUUCGGCAAAUCAAAUCACCGCAGUGAAAGACGUGACAUUCCCAGAACUCGUGAGUCUUGUUUGUGAUAGCAAUUCAAUCAAAACCUUUUGUAUGAGUGCGCCAAAACUAUUAUAUCUCAAUUUGUCGAAUAACCCAAUUCAAAAACUCGACAUCAGUAUGUGCAACUCACUCAAAACACUCAUUUUGAACAACACGCCAGCAAGUUCUUUACUCGGUAAUCUCCCAGCCUCACUCGACUCUUUAUCUCUGCAAGCAUGCAACUUGGAACUCUUCCCCUGUGAUAUUUUGAAGCUAAGUAACCUCAGGUUCUUAAACCUCUCAGCAAACGAGAUCAUUUGCGUUUCUCCUAACUACACCUCUCUGGCACUGGAAGUUCUCGACAUGUCUCUUAACUUUUUGCAAGUCUUUCCAGCAGAUCACCCGACACUGAAAACGUUGAAAUUGGGUGGGAACUGUGACUUGGACAACAUUCGCCCAAACGUUAAAUAUAGUGUGGAUACAUUUCCAACCCCACCUCCAACACGGAUACGGAAGAGACUUCAUAUUGCUUCAUUUGUGUCGGCGCAUCACUUGCGAUACCUCCACGACCAGAACAUCACAGGGCUUGUCUUUGUCGGUGAUGAGGUUCCGACUUUUUUCGAAAAAUCAAAUUUUUUCACCCUUCACGUGGGCUUAAAUACCGAGGAGGGCUCUCAACUUCUCAAAUCUUUAUCACUCAUUUUCAAUUUUGUGAAUGAGAUUGCAAAAAUGGGGAACGGCGUGCUUAUUAUAUGUGGGACGGGGGUCAACAAAUCGCCCGUCGUCGCUGCCGCAGUCCUCAUGAGAUUUGAAAACAUGAGAAUGGAAAAGGCGGUUGAAGAGAUUAAAGGUCAUUGUCCUGUUGUUGAUAUAGAAAAUGGAUUUAUCGUACAACUCAAGAAACUUGAAAAAUCGAUCCUCAAGUAA